AUGGGGUACAAGAGGCUGGCAACAGGGCCUCCAAAUAUAACGGAAGAUGUUUUUGAGGACUUCCUAGUAACAGAUGAUCUGCUUGUGGAUUACUUCAAUGAAUUCCUCAGCCUUCCAACAUUCACUGAAGCUGUCAAAUUCAACAAAACAUAUGGGAUUUUCGAAGUCAUCAGUGAUUUUCCAGAUCAGCUGAAUCAGCAGAUAAAAAAAUUGUUGCGAGAGUAUCAGCCACCAAACCCAAUCUACAAUGCCACCAGAAGCAUCACUGGACUGAAAGACAAAAAUUCCUCUUCUAAUGAUUUACAGCUGAACAUUGAUAACAAUUAUAAUAUUAUGUGUCUGAAUCGGGAGCAAGGAGUUCAGUGGGUCAAGAAGGAGAGGCUUCCGGCUUUUUUGAAGAGUGAUUGCUAUUUUGAAUACAGACUUGCUAAGCUGAUGUCCCAGGUUAAAGUGAGACAUACAGGAGUGAGUUUACAGCUUGAUCCUCAGUACCAGCCUUGGGCAUACAAAAGAGAAGUGGAGCCAUCUCCAUCCCCAGAGACGGAAAAUGAAGAACUUAUGAGGAAAUACUUUGUUACUCUUGGACAGGCUUCUUUCACCCAGACAAAGGAAUGGUUUACAAUAGCAAAUCAAAAUGAGACUACUGCGACCACGGUUUCAUCUUCUAGACCCAUCACCUGGGAGCCUGCACAGUGCAGAUCUUCAUUGUACAAUGGAUACCAUAGUAAUCAAGUUCUACAGAGUGCUUCCAAUACCCAGACACAAGGUGCUCCGGAGGAAGAUGAGUAUUCUGUAUCCAUUGCAGUUUCUCCUAUGCCAAGUCCAGUAAGAAUUUAUAUUGAACAGAAACAAGACAAAUUACCCAACAAAGAGCAACAGGAUAAAGGCCAAGAAAAUAUCCCAGUCUUCCCAACGAUGGAGGAUUUUUCCUUCUAUUAUGUUGAUCGAGUUAUGAAGUCUGCAGUGUCCAAGCUACAUGGAGAGAAGCUAGAGAAAAGCACGGAUGAGAUUGAUGUUUUUAGCCUAUCAGAGGUGGAGAUUCAGCCUCUGCAGAACACAAGAACUCCUUCCACUACCUCUGAAUCCACAAUUGUGGAAGAGAUUGACAUCUCGGAGUUGGACACCAAUGAAUUGGAUGCCUUGAAGUCCUCGCAUAAUAAGCAUGCAUAUCAUCAUAUCCACAGUCAGAAAGAAUUUGAAAGGUUUAAAUCUUUUCUCAAGGGGACAUCUGGGGAAAAACUAUUCAGGCUGUGGAUGGACGUUGAACGACUGAAAGCCAUGACUGACAUAAAAAGAAAGCAGAGUCAUCUUAACAAGAUGAAAAAAAUUUACCUGGUGGCCACAGGAGAUCAUUAUCUUCAGACUGAAGUCCUAAUGAAACUGGACCUUCUUGAUACCAAUCAGUGGAGUGAAAACCAUCUACAGUCUGUCCAGAGUGAAAUUGUGAAGCGACUGCUUCUGUACUGGGGGCCGAGGUUUUGUUUGGCAGAUACAACGUCUGCUAAUACAGUUGGUGCAGAUCUAAAACGCUGGUAUGACCGUCAGCUGAGACCCAAAAGAGAUGCAGACCCCUUUCCACAGACAAUAACAAUGUUACCUCACAGACCGAAGUCUUGUGCUCCAAGGAUAUCAAUGACAAGUUCUCCGGUACUGCACAAGAGCCUCACUUCUCCCACAGAAACUAAAAGUGCCUCUUUCACUAGACGAUCAGACAGCCUGAUAUCGGCUAAGUUAAAACCUGGAAACAGACUGAUUAAAAGUUUACCUGGCAGUGCUGUCCGAUCAAGUCAAAGCCGCUUCCUGUCAUGUGGCAAUAAUGCUGAACCGCUCCUGAAUUCAGAGCAGAGUUACCACUCUCAUCAUGUGGACACAAGCAGCAGUGUUCUCAAGAGCUCCAAGAUGGAGGAAAUGCUUCAAGCUCUCCACCUUGACUGUCGUGCUGGUUAUUUCUUUGCCACAUUCUGUGAUCAGUCGGGGAACAAGCUGUGGGAGAGUGGCGUCAACUUUUGGUUUGAUCUACAGUCCUAUCAUCACUUGUUUUACCAAGAGACUCUUCAUCCUUUUAAACUAUGCAGACAAUCCCAAUAUAUUUUUGGCACUUACCUGGCUCCUUCUGCUUCUAUGGACAUUUGCGUUGAACAGAACAUAUUGAAAGAGAUUUACCAGAAACUAGAUCCUCCUUUUGAGGAUUUAUUUGAUUCGGCUGAAGAAUACAUCCUCACGCUCCUUCUCUCCGCCUGGACACAAAUGACAGAAUCAGACAGGCAGGCCUAUGGCAAGGUAGAGUUGGUUGAAGAAUCCCGACAGCUGGAGUCAGCUUACUAUAGAAAGCUGCAGGCUCUGCAACAGGAGAAGGCGUCCCGGAAAGAUGUGGAUAAAGCUCAAAAGUCAGUCUUUGUGCCACCUCCUGACAUCCCUAAAGAACCCAACUUGUGGGAGUUGGUACCUGAGGAGUACAGGAAUUACAACCUGGGCACCCUAGUGCGACAUCGGAUGGAACUCGAACACUUUCGUUCCUUCUUAGAAGACCAUUUUGCAAGCAUGGAUCUAAUGUGCUGGAUUGACCUUGAGCAGCUCAGAAGAAUGCCUCACAAGGAUAAAGAAAAAAGACAAGAAAAAUCAAAGGAUAUUAAGAAUAAAUAUUUAAAUAAGAAAUAUUUCUUUGGUCCAAACAGCCCAGCUACAAGAGACCAACAAGAGCAGGUGAUGAAUCUGGCAGGAGGCUGGGGGAAAAUGCUUCACGAUCGUCUAUCCUCUGCUGUCCUCGUUGAAAUACAGAAAUAUGUUCGGAUGAGGAUAGAGAAGAAAUGGCUUCCUAUGUUCCUGUCAACUGAAGAAUAUAGGGAACGCCAAAAGAUGCAAUCACAGAUGAAGGAUGUGGCAGAUGAUAUAAUAUUCCAAACAAACAAGAAGAAACUGGGAGUAUGGAAGCACCUAGACAGUAAAUGGAUAUCUUCCUCCAAAGAAAUUAUAGCUUUCCGCAAAGCAUUACUGAACCCCAUCACUGCAGGCCAGUUCCAGCGUUUCAUAUCUCUUAAGGGAGAUUUCUUUGAAAAUGGACUGCUGUUUUGGCAGGAGGUGCAAAAAUAUAAGGAACUUUGUCAUUCCCAUUGUGAUGAUGCUACAAUCCAAAGCAAGAUCACUGCUAUCAUCAACUGUUUUAUCAAUUCCUCCAUCCCUCCAGCAUUGCAGAUAGACAUUCCUCCAGAGCAAGCGGAAAAGAUUAUAGAACGACGUAGGGAUCUGGGGCCUUAUGUGUUUCGGGAAGCACAGAUGACAAUCUUCAGCAUCAUGUUCAAGUUUUGGCCUGAGUUCUGUGAAUUUCGGAGACAACUGACUGAUGAGAAGAUUGUACCUCUGCUGGAGAGAAAGAAGGCAAAGAAAACACAGCAGAUGAAACAGAAGAUGAGAGAACAAGAGAUGCUCGCCAAGCAGCAACAAGAAGAGACGAAAAGAAAGGCAACUCUCUCUGACAUCUAUGCGGAUAAUGAAAGUUCUUACAGUGAUGAACUCUUUUUUGGCCGUGAAGUUUAUGGACAAAGCCGAAAUGUAUCCUGGAGCUAUUCAAAAUACUUGGAGGCACUGGAACAGGAAAGGAUAUUGCUGAAAAGACAAGAAGACCUGGAGAAGAAGUCUGGAUCAAGCGUCAUAUCAGAUAAUUCAUCAGCCUACAGCAUAGGAAGUGAUGAUUCUAAAAGAUCGGGGAAGACCUUUAACUCAUCAUAUGGACAAACACAAAGGCUUCUCUCUGCUGCGAGACGCUAA